AUGGCCUCCGCAUUCGCCAAGUACGAGGACUCCACGCUGCGCAAGGUCCUGGCGGUGACCCUGAAUGCGGGCACCGCCGACGGCAGCGCGGCACCGCCCGUGGUGCACCUGGCGGCGCUGGCCGAGGAGCUGCAGGCGGAGGCGGGCAGCGGCCCGGGCGAGCUGCUGCUGAGCGGCGACAACCUGGAGCGAGCGCUGAUGGCGCGCCUCAGCGAGCCGCCUGCCGCCUACCCACAGUGGCCGGUGCACUACCUGAUCGGAGUGUACGCGCGGGCAGCAGGCGAGCGCUGGUCGGACGAGCAGCGCAACGUGCGCAUGCUGAAAGACCCCGCCCAGCAGGCGGCGCUGGCGCAGACGCUGGGCCUGUGCCGCCAGCUGGCGGUGUCGUAUGCCGGCCUCACCCUGCUCAUGGAUAUGUUCCCGCAGCACCCGGAGGCAGAAAAGCGCGGCGCGCUGCAGCUGCUGGAUUCUUUGGAUGUGGCAGCCGCAGCCUCCGCCUUGCCUGGCCUCGCGGGGCCCGCCACCGGCGCCGGCAGCAGCGACGGCGGUGCUGCGGCGGGGGGCGCGCUGCCCAUGCCGCCGGGCUUUCUGGAGGACUUUGGGGCGCGGUUUGCGGAUGAGGGGCUGGGAGAUGUGAUGAGUCCUAUAGCUGCGGAGCUGAUGCGUCGCGGCGGCACCGUGUCGCUGCUGGGUGACUUCUCAGGCAUCGUGUCCCUCCUCUCCCGCCUGGCCGCCUCAAAGCCGCUGGCGCUAGCCCUCACCCGCCUGCCCUCCUGGCUGCCGCCACAACAGGACGGGCGCACGCUGGAGCAGUACAGCGUGCUGGGACCGCUGUUUGGGGUCAGCUGCACCCUUGACAUCGCCGCCAUGGGCUCGCCCUCCCGCCGCCUCCCAGACGUGGCGCAGCAGUGCUUUGCGGGGGCAGCCACGAGGCGCCCGGCAGACGUGCGGCAGAGCAUGCAGAGCCUGGCGGUGGCGGCGGGGCAGCUGCGCCAGCAGCUGCACUCUCUGCUCAUGCUCUUCCUCAAAAACCAGGACACGCGAGAGGCGGCGCUGGCCUGGCUGGCCGCCGCCCUCAACUCCAAUCUGGAGCGCACCAAGAUGCAGCCCAACCCGGCCAAGUCCGCCACCGACGGCUUCAUGCUGAAUGUGGCGGGGGUGCUGCUGCGGCUGUGCGAGCCGUUUGUCGACCCCCUCAGCGGCAAGGCCUGGGGCAAGCUGGACACGAGAUAUGUGUGUGACCCUUCGGCCCGCCUGGUGCACGGCCCCGACGCCACCCGCCUCAACGCCGACUCAGACCAGGUGGCGGCUUGGUUCCGGCAGCAGGGCCCGCCGGCUGAUGGCAAGUACCACUUCAUCUGCGAGUGCUUCUUCAUGGCGGCGAGGGCUCUGCAGCUGGGCCUGAAGAAAGGGCUGGACAGCUAUCAGAUGAUCGCCCGCCACGCCCGCCACUAUGAGGAGGACCUGGCGGCGAUGCAGCGGUGGGUUCUGGUGGCGGUACUAUUGCAGGGCCCCUUGGCAGGCAUGCCUCAGGCUCAGGUCAUGGCACAGCGCGCAGAAUGGCUCAAAUGCGCCGCGAUGAGCCUGGAGGCGCUGCUGCAGGACCAGGCGCUGCUCACAGAGGCCCUGGCGUUCUACAGGCUGUCUGCGGCCUACAUGCUCCGCCUGGCAUCGCCCACCGCAGCCGCCGGCGGGCCGCCCACGCUGCCGCUGCCCGAGCCGCCGGCCCCGGCCUUCUGUGUGCUGCCGGAGUACUAUGCCGAGGACCUUGGGGAGGUGCUGCUGUGGGUAGGGCGCGUCAGGCCCGACCUGGUGGAGGCGAGGCGCAUGGAAGAGUUUAUGGUUUUCUUCACCUCUCUGCUGGGGGCGCAGGCCUAUGUCAAGAAUGCGUACCUCAGGGGAAAGAUGGUGGAGGCGCUGCACUCGUACAUGCCGCCAGAGGCCUCUGAUAGGCAGCGGUACCGCAUCCCCGCCUCUGCUGCCGAGGUGGCCAUGCUGUUCGAGGUGCACCCGCUGGUCAUCCAGCACAUCGUGCGCAGCCUCAUCCAGCUGUACAUCGACAUCGAGAUCACUGACCGGCACAACACCUUCUACGAGAAGUUCACCACGCGGUACCAGAUCGGCGAGAUCCUGUGCUACCUGUGGAACCUUCCGCAACACCGCGCCAGCUGGCGCGUCAUGGCGCAGCAGCAGCCCAAGCUGCACGUGCAGUUCAUCCACGUGCUGCUCAACGACAGCCAGUUCCUGCUGCAGGACGCGCUGGAGAUGCUGCCAAAGGUCCAGGAUACGGAGCGGCUGCAGGCGGACGCAGCGGCGUGGGCGGCGCUGCCCCACCAGGAGCGAGAGGAGCGGGAGUCGGUGCUGCACCAGCAGCAAGGCCUGCUCAAGAACAACUUCAUGCUUUCUUCCAUCAUCAUCAAGCUGAUGCAGUCCACAGCGGAUGACCGCGAGGUGUCAGCUUGCUACUUUGAUGCAGCGGUACGCAACCGUACCGCAAAAAUCAACGACUUCUUCCUCAAGUACCUCACGGUGCCCGAGGAGCGGCGGCGGCUGCGUGUGAAGGACCCCGAGCAGUACCACUGGCACCCCAAGCGCCUCAUCACGCAGCUGGCGCAGAUACACAUCAGCCUGUACCGGGCGCGGCGCGGCGAGUGGGUGCAGGCGGUGGCGGCAGACACAGACUACUAUGGGCGAGCCCCGCAGCUGUUCACAGAGCUGCUGUCGCUGCUGCGAGAGCUGGGGCUGCUGCCGGAGGACGAGGUUGCUGAGCUGGCGGGCAUGGUGUCUGCGGUAGAGGAGUACAAGGCAUCGGUGGAGGAGGAAGAGGAGGCGUUUGAGGAUGUGCCGGAGGAGUUUGAGGAUCCUCUGCUGGGGGGCCUGAUGCGGGACCCAGUGCGCCUGCCCUCGGGCAACGUGGUGGAGCGCAGCAGCAUUGUGCAGCAGCUGCUGUCAGACCCGCGAGACCCUUACAGCCGCCAGCGGUGCACCGAGGAGGAUCUGGAGGCGCUGCCCGACCUGCAAGCCAGGAUCGAGGCGUGGGUGCAGGAGCAGCGCAGCAAGCGGAUGCGGACAGACUGA